AAACGAAAAAUUCUCUGUAUCAGAUCUUAACGUCAAACCUCAAUUUCAAUUUCCAUCAAAACCUAAACUAUAAAAUUGACAAACAAAGACGAAAAUCCGAGACAGUCAUGUUGCCGACGUCGUCGAAAAUCCGAUCAUCGUCGUCUUCGUCUACAUCACGACCUAAUUCUAAGUUCCCUCAGUAUCUUCGUCGAAUCAUCAAGUGGCAACAAAUGGAUAUAGAGUAUACAUUCUGGCAAAUGCUGCACCUCUGCACCUCUCCUAAAGUUGUCUAUCAGCAUACCAAAUAUCAUAAACAAACUAAGAAUCAAUGGGCACGUGAUGAUCCAGCUUUUAUUGUAAUCUGCAGUCUCCUUCUGGCAGUUGCUACUUUGGCUUAUGGUGCUGCGUAUGACCAUAGCACUGGACAUGCUGUUUUUGUAGUUAUUUCAGUUUUAUUUUCCCAUUUUAUAGUUACUGGUGUUGUUCUUGCUACAUGCUGUUGGUUCCUGACUAAUACAUAUCUUAGGGAAGAGGCUCCAAAUAGCCAUGUGGUCGAGCAACGGGUUGAAUGGCUUUAUGCAUUCGAUGUGCACUGCAAUUCUUUCUUCCCAUUGUUUGUUAUGCUUUACGUUGUACAUUAUUUUAUGUCUCCUCUUUUGGUGGCUCAUGGUUUCAUACCUAUAUUGCUGUCAAAUCUGCUUUUCAUGGUGGCAGCAUCAUAUUAUCAUUAUCUCAACUUCUUAGGUUAUGAUGUGCUUCCCUUUUUAGAGAGGACAACAUUUUUCCUAUAUCCGAUUGGUGCUGUCAUUGUCCUUUCUCCGAUUUUGAUCUUAAGCGGGUUCAAUCCUUCGAGAUAUUUUAUGAACAUUUACUUCAGUCAAAGACUGUGAUUUUACAAGCUAACAUUUUGGGUUUCGAUAGCUCAUACAAUGAGGUGAGGGGAUAGUUCGGAGACUGCAUCAGUGGCGAAACGCAUAAUUCUUUCACAAAGAUGCUAAUGAAAAAGCUAUUGGUUACGACGUGAAAAAUCUGUUAGCUUCUUUAUAGUUCUAUUCCUGUAAAUCUGAAAGAACAGAAUCAAGUGAAAAUUGGGUAGAAAUCUUUUUUGAAGAUAUAAUCGAUCAAUUUGAUAGUCGAUUCAAAUCUGAAAAGUAGAGUCAUGGUUAGUGUGUCACUGGUGGUAUGCAUUUGCUGACUUUCUAGAGUUUGCUAGUGAUGUUUUUGUGUGUGCUUCUAGUAGGCAGUGGAUGCAAGUGUAAAACUUGCAAAGAAUUGGUGUAAAACUGAGACAAAAGGGGAACAAAAUAUGAGGUAAAAGUCAUUGUUUUCAGCUGCUA